AUGAGCGGCGCGGACGACCGACGACACUGCAAAGCGCAUCACCAAUCACGACGCAUCUCCACUACGUUAUUACCUCCCGUUUAUUCAUCUUGCUGGCUGCAUCACGGACUGGACGCCCUACUGUUAUCGCUUAUUCCCUAUUCCCCAUCCCGCCCCUGCUGCUUUGCAGCGCCUCUUUUUAUUCUCUCGUGUUAUUGCGACGGCCUUCGGCCGUCAGGUUCAUUCUCUUUUACCUGUUCCACCUUCCUCCAUGGGCUUUUUAUGUUUCUCUUUUUCCUCCCCCUCUCUCCUUUUCUUUCGUUCACGAGACGACGACGACGACGGUCAUGA